AUGGAUUGUUUGCAUUUAUUUAUUUAUUUAUUUAUAUAUAAGUAGAAAUAAAAUUUAGCUAAUGAACGACUGAACGACUGAAAUGAAAACAAAAUGGACGAUCCUAUAAAAUCGAUCGAAGAAAAUUUAUUUAAUCUAUUAAUUCGUAAACGUAAAGUUUUGAUACCUGGAAAAGGUGAUGUUCAAGAUUAUUCGAAUGGAACAAAGGUAACAUUUCAUUUUAAAACUGAAGCUUCGUAUUCGGAUGAUGAUGAAUCCGAUAUGGUAAUGAUUGAUGAUUCAAAAUCAUCGAAUAAACCGAUGGAAUUGUUUAUUGGAAAACAAUUUAAAUUUCCAUUAUGGGAAGAAUGGAUCAAACAUAUGCGUUUAGGUGAGGUAUCACAAUUAAGUUUGGAUUGGACGCUUUGCCGUGAUGUUUAUCCACUUUUAUCGAAAUCGUAUAGAAAUUUUGUUAAUCCACAGGAUCAUAAUCACGAUGAUCCAGCAAAACGAUCUCAUUGUUGUGGCAUGGCUAAACAAGCUGGCACAGGCCAUAAAGAUCUUGAUGAUCUUAUCAAUAAAAGAUCACCAAAACAACUUCGAUUUACAAUCGAACUUAUUCGUGUGGAAAAUCCUAAUGAUGUUGACAAAGAAAUCUGGUUGAUGAAUGAAAACGAGAUGCAGGAAAAUAUUCCAGUUUUACAACGAGUUGGUAAUCAAUUGUUUGCAGCUAAACAAUUUGAAGAAGCAUCAUUUAAAUAUCGUAAAGCAUUGGCCAUUCUUGAACAAUUAAUGACCAGGGAAAAACCAGGUGAUCAAGAUUGGUUAAAUUAUGAUCUUGGAAAAAUCCCAUUACUUUGUAAUUUAUCACAAUGUGAACUCUAUCUACAACAAUAUUAUGAUGCCAUAAGACAUACGGAUGAAGUGUUGGAAAAAGAUCCAAAAAACGUCAAAGCAUUAUAUCGUCGUGCUAAAGCACAUUCAGCCGUAUGGAAUGUUGAUCAAGCCCGAAAAGAUUUUCAACGUGUAUCCGAAUUAGAUUCAACAUUACAAUCAAUGGUUAAACAACAUCUAAUUGAACUUGAUCAACAAGUCAAACGAAAAACACAUGAAGAUAUGCAAUUGUUGAAAGGAAAAUUAUUCUAAAAAUGAGCUUAUUAUUUUGUCAAAAAUAGCGUUUUUUUCCUCCGUCUUAAUAAUAAUGUGAAGGAAAUCAAUCAAGUUAAUUAAUUAAUUAAUCCGAAUCCGUCCUCUAUGAAUAUUCAAACAAACAAUAUACUUUUCAUACAUACAAACAAAUUAUUUACCUUGAAUUCAACAAGUUGCUAAGACGACAUCAUCCUCAUAUAAAUAAAAUUAAACGAAUUAACGAAUUGAAAAUAAAAAAAAAAACAUGAAACUUCGUCAUCAUUUUCGUGAUCUUCAAGAAUGGAGUGAUCAAGGUCUAA